AUGGCAGAUCCAGCCCAGCAAAUACACUUUGGGGACGAGAUAAAGCCCAUGAGGUCAAAUAGAUCGAAUGGAUUGGCAUUUGGUGAUGUGUUGGCAGAAUCAAAAGUAUCGCAGGCGGCCACUAGUCAUGACUUCGAGGAGAAGGCAUUAGAGAUUGCUAAUGAAGAUCUGAAUAAGAAGAAACAGACAUAUACCGGAUGGAUGCUUAUGUGGCUAGCAUACCAAAGUGUUGGUGUCAUUUAUGGGGAUAUCGGUACGAGUCCCCUCUAUGUCUACUCCUCCACCUUUACAAACCACCCGUCAUACGAUGAUCUAGUGGGCGCACUAUCCAUAAUAAUAUGGACCCUCACUCUUAUGGUUUCUGUAAAAUAUGUCUUUAUCGUUUUGUCCGCCGAUGACGAUGGGGAAGGAGGCACAUUUGCGCUCCACAGUUUACUAGCCCGUUAUGCACAUAUCGUCCAACUAGAUCCAAAGAUUUCAGGAAUGGUCAAGAUGGAACGACAUGAUACUAAUGAAUUGAGGCCUUCGAAUAAUAACAUCCGAACUUUUAUCGAGGGAUCCGCAGUCGCUAGAGUAGUUUUGAAAUUCUUGGGUGUGGUAGGUGUUAGUAUGGUUAUGUCAGAUGGAGUUCUUACACCCGCCCAAUCCGUACUGGGAGCGAUUCAAGGAAUUGAAGUUGCACAACCAGGUAUCAGUACCAGCACAAUCGUCGGAACCACUUGCGCUAUCCUCAUUUUACUAUUUGCCAUCCAGCCAUUUGGAACCACAAAGAUCGCAUCUGCAUUCGCCCCUAUAGUCAUCAUUUGGCUACUAUUCAAUAUGUGCACCGGCAUUUAUAACCUAGCUCAAUACGACCACACUGUCCUAAAAGCAUUCUCGCCCUAUUUUGCAGGAGCAUAUUUCAUGCGCAAUAAAGAGGAAGGAUGGCAAUCAUUAGGCGGACUUUUACUUGCUUUCACUGGAGUAGAAGCACUGUUUGCUGAUCUAGGAGCUUUUAGUAAAAGAGCCGUGCAAAUUUCCUGGCUAGGAUUCACCUAUCCUUGUCUAUUAUUGGCAUAUAUAGGACAAGCUGCAUAUAUUUCUCAAGACACUACAAGAACUGCUUAUGCAAAUCCUUUCUUCAAUACUGUUCCUCCUGGGACAUUCUAUUUUGCUCUUGUAAUAGCAGUUCUAGCUGCUAUCGUUGCUUCACAGGCUAUGAUUACAGCUAGUUUUCAAUUGCUAUCACAGGUUAUGAGAUUAUCCUAUUUUCCACAUAUCAAAACUGUUCAUACGUCGAAAUUGUUUCACGGACAAACUACUCGCCUCGGAAAUGCCUAUGGUGUUUGCGUAAUCUUCGUAACCUUCAUCACAACCUGCAUGGUAUCACUCGUCGCCAUCAUAAUCUGGCGUAUCAACGUCCUCAUCGUCCUCAUUUUCUUCUUAAUCUUCGCCACCCUCGACGGCAUCUAUCUCUCUUCCGCCUUAAGAAAAGUACCCACCGGCGCCUGGUUUACUCUCCUCCUCGCCUCCAUCCUCUCAAGCAUAUUCAUCCUAUGGCGAUACGGCAAAGAACAACAAUGGACCUCGGAAUCCCAAGAUCGCAUCCCCCCCUCCCACUUCAUAACCAGCGACCCACUCACUCCAAACCUCAAUUUCCUAACCGCAGCAUUCGGUUCCGCACCCCUCACUACCGUUCCAAGCAUCGGUAUCUUCUUCGAUAAAAUAGGCGAUCAAUUACCCAUCGUCUUCACACAAUUCGUACGCAAAUUCUGCGCGACGCCGGAAAUUAUCAUUUUUUUACAUAUGCGUCCGCUUUCCAUUCCGCAUGUGCCAGAUACCCAUCGUUAUGUUAUUCAACGUACAUCUAUCCCAUCUUGUUACCGCAUUACAAUUCGUCAUGGAUAUACCGAUGAUAUCAUUACUCCUUCCAUCGGCUCAACACUCAUUUCUCAACUCAUCCUCUUUAUAACUCGUGAACAAGCUACCUUUACCGGUCUGCAAAGUCAUCUCGGAACAUCUGAAAAGGAAAACUAUAACAUCCAAUCCCCCCUCCCAACCUCAAACUCAAAUGCAAACGCAACCAAUAUCCUCCACACCCCCACCAUCCAAGCCGAACUCGACAAAAUCCAACACGCGGCUUCAAAUCAAAUCGUCUAUGUUCUCGGAAAAGAACAGAUGAAAAUUGCACGUCGCGGGGGGAAGAAUAUAAGAAAUUGGAUUCGGAGCGCUGUAUUGUGGGUUUUCUUGUGGAUGAGAGAGAAUAGUAGGGGGAAGAUGGCGGAUUUGGAUUUACCGGUUGAGGGGUUGGUGGAGGUGGGGUUUGUGAAGGUUAUUUAG